UCAGAUAAUUUAGUCUAAGUUAUAAACAAAAAAAUAAAAGAAAAAUAAAAGAAAAAUAGAACAUAAAAGAGUCCAUGAGAAGCUUGAGUAAGGAAGGCAGCAAAGAAAAACUAGAAGGCCAAAAGCAAGAGGAGAAAUAUCUAUAUACAUCUACACAUUUAUAUAGAUGGUGGGCUCAGAACAUCAUCAUCAUCAUCAUCAUCAACAUCAUCACCAAAACCAUCAGCAGCAGCAACAAAGGAGCAAAGAAGCUUUAGGGAUGGUGGCUCUCCACGAGGCCCUAAGAACCGUUUGUCUCAACACCGACUGGACUUACUCUGUCUUCUGGUCCAUCCGUCCCCGUCCGAGAGUUCGAGGCGGUGGAAACGGCUGCAAAGUUGGCGACGACAAUGGAAGCUUGAUGUUGAUGUGGGAAGAUGGAUACUGCAGAGGAAGAGGAGGAACAGAAGGUUGCUAUGGAGACAUGGAAGGAGAAGAUCCUGUUCGUAAAUCUUUCAGCAAGAUGUCAAUCCAGUUAUAUAAUUAUGGCGAAGGGUUAAUGGGGAAGGUUGCUUCUGACAAAUGCCAUAAAUGGGUUUUCAAAGAACAAACUGAAUCUGAAUCUAAUGCCUCUAGUUACUGGCAAAGCUCAUUUGAUGCUAUUCCUUCAGAGUGGAAUGAUCAGUUCGAAUCUGGGAUUCAGACCAUAGCUGUUAUUCAAGCUGGACAUGGCCUUUUACAACUCGGUUCUUGUAAGAUUAUACCUGAAGAUCUGCACUUUGUUCUUCGGAUGAGGCACACGUUUGAAUCACUUGGCUACCAAUCCGGAUUUUACCUCUCUCAGCUCUUCUCCUCAAACCGAACCACGUCUUCUUCAAACACAUCGCUCAUGGGCUCAAACCACCCUAUACUUCCCCCACAGACUCAACCCUUGCAACCCUCUCUUCCUCACUACAACUGGAGUGGUACGAGCCAACGACCGAUGAUGGCUCAAACCUCUUUGCCUAACUACCAACCUCACAUGCCUUUUCCAGUAAUGCCACACUCAAACAAAGAACAAGACCCCGACGUGAAAUGGCCCACGGGACUAUCGUUCUUCAAUGCUUUGACUAACAAUGUCAACGCUAAGCUGCUGUUUGAUUCAGAGGGUUUAGGUGAGAAAACAGACCACCAGAGCCAGAGCCAGGAACAGAGCAACUCAGAGAGUCAAGCGAACCCGAGCGAGUUCUUGAGCCUUGAUAGUCACCACCGAAACAUGAGUUUCUUGGAGUGAUGGUCUUCGUGUCUCACCCUCGUAAGAACUUAAUUAGUUUGUUUCUAUUUCGCGUCACUUGUUUGUUGUUUGGCUCGUUUCUCAUCACUUGUGUUAAACAUAGUUAAUCUACUCUCUUUUUUUCCAAAUC